AAAAAAAAGAGGAAAAGUCGUCCGCGUUUUCCUUCCUUUCUCCCGUUCCUGCCGCCGGCCGGGUCUACUCGUCUCGUCCUGCAGCUGCAGCUACCUUUCUUCGCCCCCUCAAAAUCCUCCAACCAAUCCCACCAGCUUCUCAGCUCGAAUCCGCCCCGAAACCUCCCACCCUCCGCACCGCCCGCCCGGUUCUUGCGCGAUCAGCGGCUGCCCGGCGCUCCCGGAUCGGGAAAGGAGGCCGCUUUGGUGGCUCCGGCGGGCGAAUCUCGCGGCGAUUCGCUCAGAUUUGGAUUUAGGGUUUUGGAGGUGGUAGUGGGUUUUGUGACGCCGGGAGAGAUGUCGGCGGCUGUGGCGUGCGCGGAGAGGGCGACGAACGACAUGCUGAUCGGCCCGGACUGGGCCGUCAACAUCGAGCUCUGCGACAUCAUCAACAUGGAUCCCGGACAAGCAAAAGAUACAAUCAAGCUUUUAAAGAAACGUCUUGGAAGCAAGAAUUCAAAAGUGCAAAUUCUGACACUUUAUGUGCUGGAGACACUAAGCAAAAAUUGUGGGGAUGUUGUUCACCAACUGAUCGUUGAACGUGACAUAUUAAGUGAAAUGGUUAAGAUAGUAAAGAAAAAGCCAGACUUAAAUGUCCGGGAGAAGAUAUUGAGUUUGAUUGACACAUGGCAAGUGGCUUUUGGAGGUCCUUCUGGAAGAUAUCCGCAGUAUCAUGCAGCUUACCAAGAACUCAGGGCUGCAGGUGUUGAUUUUCCACCUCGUGAGGAAAAUUCAGUCCCAUUGUUUACACCUCCUCAAACUCAGCCAUUGAGACAACCACAUCUAUAUCCACCCCCAGGUCAAAGCUAUGAAGAUGCUGCCAUUGAAGCUUCUCUUCAAUCUGCCCCUUCUGUACCUGCCCUGAGUCUAAGUGAGAUUCAAAGUGCUCGAGGAAUUGUGGAUGUGCUAGAUGAGAUGUUAAAUGCUCUUGACCACAGACAUCCUGAGGGUGUGAGGGAGGAGGUCAUCAUUGACCUUGUUGGGCAGUGCCGAUCAUAUCAAUCUCGUGUCAUGGAUCUUGUUAACAGUACCGGUGAUGAGAGCCUUUUAUUUCAGGCUCUAGGACUAAAUGAUGAAUUACAGCGUGUUGUUCAGCGUCAUGAUGACAUAGCAAAGGGAAUUCCUCCCGGUACAGGAGCAACUGCCCCUGCUUCUGCAAAUACAAACCAAGGGACUGCCCCUCCUAGGUCCACUGCGGUUUCAUUUUCUCCACUUCUAAAUGUCCACGAGGACGAUGAGCCAGAAGAUGAGUUCUCUGUGCUUUCCCGCAGGUCUGCAAGGGAUGGCACAGUGGCACAGAGCAAUCAGCCUUCUGCUCCGAGGAAUGAAAGGCCAUACCCAAGCCCGCUCCUUCCUCCACCUCCGGCAUCUAAGAGGCCUGUUUACACAGAGGCAAGCAAUAUUGACUACCUUAGUGGGGACUCCUACAAGUCAGAAAAAGUAUCAGAUGAUUUCAUCAACCCAACUGCCCCUGCCAAUAUAUCUACAUCAUCCCAUUUGAAGACGGAAGCGUAUCCGCCUCCAAGUUACGGUAGCAGGUCAGAAAGUGUGCCUGAUGACUUUGUAAACCCAACAGCACCCAGCUUCUCUGCGCCUUCUCGUCCUACAAGUGAGGAGCCAACCCGUACAUCUGUGAAGCAGCAGGAGAGUCUGCCUGACGAUGACUUCAUAAACCCAACUGCUCUUCCCAGUUUCUCAUCAUCUUCAGCUACGAAAGGUUAUGAAGAUUCCAGGGAAGAUAUUCCGAAGGCUCCAUGGGAACCACAGGCUGCCGCAGGUUCCCUACCCCCACCUCCGGCAAGGUACGGCCAGAGACAGCAGUACUUUGAGCAGAACGUGUACUCUGGUGGGAGCAACGGAGGCGGCUACGAUGGGCUGGUGACACAGACAGAAAACCUCUCCCUCAACCAGAAUGAGAAGAGCACAUCACGGCCGACAGCGUCCCGCCAGGCUAAACCUGAGGACUCCCUUUUCAAGGACCUUGUCGACUUUGCGAAAACCAAGCCAUCAUCACCAUCGAAACCAGCCAACAGCCGCAGGACUCGCUGAGCAACUUGUGUGAUACUUUCACAGGUUAGCAGCUUUAGAUGAUUACCGUGAAAUAAGAGCAUUUGAAGACUGGAUUCCUUUGCGUCGCGAAUUAUUUUCGGUUGUGUUUUUGAGGAUUUAGAAUCACAGAUGUCGGAUACCAUACUUGGCCAUAAUCCUGGGUGUGUUAUGUGUAGUUAGCUGCUCUUAAACUUCCUUUGUUGUCGGCUUUACUUCCUUUUUUUUUCACUUAGCUGUGUAUAUAUAUGCUACUCAGAUUCGACAGUGAUAUUCAUAGUUGAGUUUGCAAUUUGAGGGCAAAUACUUUGGCUUGUCCAUUUUCA